AUGGAUUGCACCAAGAGGAAAAAUCACGUCCUCAUUGUCACAUUGUACUUUCAUCAAGCCCACAAGUAUUCCCUCUUUGGACCAUCAUCAUCAAUCUCUCUUUCGACUUGUCCUUUACUCACGUUGUACAAGCUCCUAACCACUCUCCGACUACUACAUAACCCAUCCUCAAAUUCAAGAGUCGGUGUACCUGCGUUGGACAGACUGCUUGCGAACCACACUACACGUUUCGACCCUACAAAUCUUUCUGCCAUACCUGCACCUCCAAUCAUUGAGAUUACCAGUCCUGGUUCCAAGUCUGGCAAAACCGAGCUUUUAUACUGGAUAAUCGCGAAUCUGGUAUUGGGAAAUAAUGGACCAACUCCACUAAACCAGGCAAUCGAGUCCGUGGAAGAUGAUUCGACUGAGCAACAAGAUCAUGCCAACAACACUGCAUUCACAGACCCAGAAUCUGGUGGAGAAGACGACACAGGCCUCAACCCCACGGAACAGGCACAACACCCAAACACUCACAUCCCGGCAACAUCAAAAGAACCCCACCACACCGCACCAACAGCAAUAGCCCUCCUCUCCAGUACCCCCAUCUCCAUACCCCGACUCUCCCAAAUUCUUCUCCACCACCUUCUCUCCAGAUCACCCGACCUUUCCCUUUCCACCGCUCAACAAAUCAUCCACACUCACCUCUCUCACAUCCACAUCUUUUACCCUUCCACUCUAUCCUCUCUAAUCGCCACUGUAUCCUCAUUACCCACCUACUUCUUCUCCCCCACAAAUCCCAGUGUCUCCAACAGAAUAGGAGGCAUAUUCAUCUCCACCCCCAGCACCUAUUUCUGGGACGACAAAGCUUGUUGCUCUUCCACCUCAGCAAGUCCACCUGCAGUAUCAAAAUAUCCAGCUCUGGCUUCUUGUCUAAAACGCGUGGGACUCACUCUCCAAACCCCCGUUUUCUAUACUACACAGCAUUUCUCCGCUGGUGCUGGUGCUGGGGAAGAUACGACAUCGUUACGGCCACAAUUGCCUUUACCCUCAUCUCUGCGGUUGACAGUGAGCAGACCUGGAAUCAAAGGGUUCGGCAAGGAGAUCGAUGCAGACACGGCUACAAAGCAGCAAGAAGCUAGAAAUAAAGCUGUCGCGGCAGCUGGGUUUAAAGUCAGUGUUAAUCAAUGGGGUGAUGAGGGAUGGACGCACAGAAACAGUGGGGCCAACGCAGGGUUUGAAUUGAGAAUCGACAAGGUGGGCGUGCGAGUGCUAUAA